GACGGACAUCUACGGUCGCCGUAAGAGAGAGAGAGAGAGAGAGUGAGGGGGAAAUGCAGAAGAAAGAGCAGAGUAAGGGCUCCGCCGGAGCUGCAGGAGGCGGCACAACCGCCUCCGGAGCCAAGAGGGGACGACCCUUCGGAAGCACCACCGGUAGCUCCUCCCUGCUGGCCGCUCACGGCGACUCCGCCGCCCCGUCGACGCUCCUCGGCCCCUCCCUCCACGUCCAGAGCUCCUUCGCAGAUCAGAACAAUAAAAGGAUAGUAUUAGCUUUGCAAAGCGGGAUAAAGAGUGAAUUAACAUGGGCUCUGAACACGCUGACAUUGCUCUCCUUCAAAGAGAAGGACGAUAUCAGGAGGGAUGCGACUCCCCUUGCGAAAAUUCCAGGAUUGCUGGACGCUCUCCUGCAAGUUGUAGAUGAUUGGCGUGAUGUAGCUUAUCCUAAAGAUGCUUUAAGGCCUAGCAGGAUCAGAACGCUGGGUGCUAAUUGUGUUGUCAGUGGCUUUGGGUUUGAGUAUGAUGCAUUGGGCUCAAGUGAUACAGUCUCUAGCCUAAGCUCCAAAGCUGGUCCAGCGAAUUCAAAGGGAACAACUGAUAAAGGCUCAGAAAACCAGCCUUUGCAAUGGUGGUCUCAGGAUGACGUUCUAUUUAACCUAGAUGAAGAUGGACGGGCGGAAAGGCAACAAUGUGCUGUUGCUGCUUCAAAUAUAAUCCGCAAUUUCUCCUUUAUGCCUGAAAAUGAGACUAUUAUGGCCCAGCAUAGACACUGCUUGGAAACUGUCUUUCAGUGCAUAAAUGACCAUCUCACUGAGGAUGAGGAACUGGUCACGAAUGCACUUGAAACAAUUGUCAAUUUGGCUCCAUUGCUGGAUCUUCGGAUAUUCAGUUCAUCAAAGGCAUCUUAUAUAGAAGUAACAGAGAAGGAUGCUGUUCAAGCAAUUAUGGGGAUGCUGAACUCUCCAAUCAAGGCUUGGCACUUGGCAGCCUCUGAAUUGCUUGGAAGAUUGAUAAUAAAUCCAGAUAAUGAGCCCUUCCUACUUCCCUUUUUUCCCCAGAUAUACAAGCGUUUGGUCGACAUUCUAAGCAUGCCAGCAGCUGAUGCACAGGCAGCAGCAGUGGCUUCACUUUUUAACUUGGUAGAAGUUAACAUGGAUUGCCGGCUGAGGCUUGCAAGUGAGAGAUGGGCAAUUGAGCGGCUGCUUAGGGUAAUCAGGCAACCACAUCCUGUGCCAGAGGUUUCAAGAAAGGCUGCCAUGAUAUUGGAGAGCCUCGCUUCCGAGCCACAAAACAGAGCUGUUCUUUUGGCACAUGAGAAUACCUUUGCGGAGAUGCUGUUCUCAGAUAGCAGGCACUCUGAUUCUUUUGCACGGAUUCUUUAUGAGUUGACAUCAAGGCCAAAUACCCGAGUUGCUGCAGCUCGUGGAGUAUGGGGCAUGUAAAAAUAGCUGCGGUGUCUGCUUCUGCAAAACUUGCAAUGUUGCCAAGGGGAAACAUCAUGAGAUGUGCUGGCUUCGGUUCACAGCUUAAAAAGGCUAUGCACUAUAUCAACUUAGAGUAGGACACGAGUAUAUAACAUCCUGAAGAUUUCUCAAAAUCUUUGAUGUAAGUCUAUUCUGAAGUCCUUCUACAUGCAGGGAGUGUUGCCUUAGAUAUGAUAGAAAAGACUGGAGCAGCAAUUUACAUAUAAAGACAGUUGAUAAGUGUUCAGCUGAAUGUACCAAUGAUUUUGAAGCUAAUGGAAUUUGUCAUUGCACUGCAUGGAUAAUUAAA